AUGAAGACAAUCAAUAGAGUUCUAAUAGCGGCGCUGUUUAUUUCAGUGGUAAGCGCUGCUGCUACUAGGGAGCAAGAAGUCGAUGAUUUGCACUCUUCAAGCACACUGAAAGAUCUACUGAUGGCGGUUUCCAUGGUAGGAGUUUCCGAGAUUGGCGAUAAGACAUUUUUGAUAGCUGCACUGAUGGCCAUGCGUCAUCCACGUCUGUUGGUAUUUUCGGCUGCCAGCACAUCUCUUGCAUUGAUGACCGUACUAGCAGGCAUAAUAGGAGGUACAUUCACCUCGCUUGUCCCGCAACGCUAUACUCAGUUUGCUGCAGGUAUUCUGUUCUUCAUAUUUGGUUACAAGCUGGCCCUGGAAAGCCUUGAGACUCCUAAGGAUGCUGGCGUGGAGGGAGAACUAGCGGAGGUGGAAGAGGAGAUUGCUAUCCAUGAUAUGAACACAAAUCUCAACGAGACCGAAUCCGGCGGGGUCAUUAAGGAUAAACGCACUCUAGUCAAUAACCGCUACCUAAAUGACAUGCUGCUGAAGGUAGGCGACCGUUUAGCACUGUAUUUCUCGCCUGUGUGGAUACAGACUUUUGUUAUGGUAUUUCUAGGAGAGUUCGGUGAUCGCUCUCAAAUAUCCACCAUUGCGAUGGCAUCCAGUAGCCAAUACUGGAUUGUCAUAUUAGGUGCAACCAUCGGUCAUCUCAUCUGCACCGCCGUAGCGGUAAUUGGCGGCAAGUUACUGGCAAAACGCAUAAGCAUGCGGACAGUAAACUUGGGUGGUGCUAUUUCCUUCAUAAUAUUUGGAAUAGUCUACACAUAUGAAUCCUUCCACAAUCCUAACUAA